CUCACUACAUAUUUAUACAAUUUAUCAUUCCCAUCUGUAUCUAAGUUGAUCAAUCCUAACGUAAGAAUAAACCUCAUCUUCGGAAGGUUCGAUCUCAGUCCUUUUAAUAUAAAUAGGUUUCUCUUCCUUAAAAUUUUCAUUCGUUAUACGAGUAUCAUUUGAUGAAGAAGGAACAUUACAACUUGAUGAUGGAUUGGUAGAAUUGAUAUCAGGAAAAUUAUCAUUUCUUGCUUCAAUAACUUGACCAUAAGGUACUUCAUCAUUUAAUCUUCUAUUCUCAGUAUCUCUAAUAAUUAACCUUUCCAAACUAUCACCUAAUCCCGACCAAAUAAGAUCAACAUGUUCAUCAGAUAUACCAGUACAAUGUCUUAUAUCAAUAAAUUUUAAUUUUGCUUCACAAUUAUUAAGAAAAUCUUUAAGAGCAUUAAUUGAAAAAGUCCAACGAGCCAAAAUUUGUAAUUUCUUUAAAUUUGAAGGUAAACUUUUUCCCAAUAAAGGUAAGAUUAAUUCAACAUCAAUAGGAACGUAACCCCAAUUACUUAAAGUUAAUUUUUCUAAAUUACUUAAACCAUAAAAAGGAAGAGAUUGUAAAGUAAUAUAAUGAGUUUGAUCAAAUUUUAAAGAUAAUUCAACUAAAUUUGGUUGAAAUUUAUUAAUUAAAUUUAAUACU